CCUCACAGGACAUUGGGACCUUCCAACCAUCGCCCCCUCCUCAAAUCCGCUGGGACUCCCCAAAACUUUCCCCUCAAAUCCCCCUGAGAGCCCCUCAAACCUCCUCGAGAUGCCCUAAAUCCUUCUCGGCCCACCCCAAACCACCCUGAGAUCGCCCAAACUCCCUCAAACUCCCUUUAAACCUCCAAAUUCCCUUUUUAACCCCUCAAAUCCUCUCAACCUCCCCAAAUUCCCCUCAAACCCCCCAAAUCCCCCCUUUAACUCCCUCAAAUCCCCCGGGAAAUGCCCCGUGAGUACCACACGUCCCCGCUGGGCUCUCUGUCCAUCCCGGGCCCCCUUUACUCCCUCCACGUUCUCCGCGUGGGCUACAACCGCCCCAACCCCGACGGCUCCUGCCGCGCCGACGGCUCCGUCACCCUCAUCCACGGCGGCCCCUUGACCGUGCUGGUGGACACCGGCGGGCCCUGGCUCCGGCCGCACUUCCCCGGCCUGCUGGGCGCCCACGGCGUCGCCCCUGAGGACAUCACGCACGUCGUGGUCACCCACGGGCACUCGGACCACGCGGGCAACCUGAACGCGUUCCCGCGGGCCACGCUGCUGGUGGGCUUCGACCUGAGCCGCGGCGAGGGGCUCUACCUGCCCCACGGGCUGGCGCGGGGAGUGCCCAUGGAGCUGCACCCCGGGCACCUCCGCGUCAUCCCCACGCCCGGGCACACGCGGGCGCACGUCAGCCUGGUGGCGCUGGGGACAUCGGCGGGCACGGUGGCGGUGGCCGGGGAUGUGUUCGAGCACGGCGAGGAUGAGGGGGAGUGGGAGGCGCUGAGCGAGGAGCCCGAGGUGCAGAGGAAGAGCAGGGAGGGCUUGGUGGCCGUGGCGGAGGUGAUCGUGCCCGGGCAUGGGGAGCCCUUCAGGGUGGUCAGGGAGUGGGGGGAGAGACAACGGGAGGAGGAGGAGGAGGAGGAGAAGGAGAAUAAGAAAAAAGACGAGAAGAAAAAGGAAGAGGAGGAGGAAGGCGGCCCCUCAGGACAUGGAGACACCUCUGGGGACUUCUGAGGGCGCUGCUGUGAUUGACAGGAGUCUUGUCCAAUCACGUCUCUCGCUGGCCAGGGCCUGAACCAAUGAGAGCUUGGGAAAUAAAAAUCUCUGUUGCCAUGGGAACUUGGCAAAGAACAACGGCCCAGUGCAUCCCAGUGACCUCCCAGUUCAUCCCAGUGACAUCCCAGUGCAUCCCAGUUCAUCCCAGUGCAUCCCAGUUCAUCCCAGUGACCUCCCAGUUCACCCCAGUAACCUCCCAGGUCAUCCCGGUGACCUCCCAGUGCCUCCCAGUUCAUCCCAGUGACCUCCCAGUCCCUCCCAGUUCAUCCCAGUAACCUCCCAGUUCAUCCCAGUUCGUCCCGGUUCAGCGUCCCCACAAUGU